UUAUCGAAUGUGUGGAUAAUCAGAUGUCCAGUGGACUCCACCACACCCUUCUCCUUUACCUGUCCUGCACGCUCCUCCUCUAAAUUUCUCUCCGUCUCUCUCUCCCCUCUGCAACACAAAAACAAAAGCUUCAUAGUCUAUAUGCACAUCCAAAUUAAAUAGGACACGUACGUAUACACCGAUGAUACCAACAUUGGUGUGGUGAGGAGGAGACUUACAGGCAAUAAUUGGAACCAUACCUAUCACACUAUUCCAUUGAUCGGACUGCAAACCAGGGACAGAAUGAGCGUGAAAGUACCUUCAACGCGGACGCGCGUAGGGAAGUACGAAUUAGGAAGGACCUUAGGUGAAGGCACUUUCGCUAAGGUCAAGUUCGCCAAGAAUGUCGAGACAGGCGAUGGCGUCGCAAUUAAAAUCCUUGACCGGGAGCAAAUCCUUCGUCUCAAGAUGGUCGAACAGUUAAAAAGAGAAAUAUCAACAAUGAAGCUGAUCAAACAUCCAAAUGUCAUCAAAAUCUAUGAGGUAAUGGCCAGCAAAUCAAAGAUCUACAUUGUUCUUGAGUUUGUUGAUGGAGGAGAGCUCUUUGACAAAAUUGCAAGUCGCGGGAGACUUAAAGAGGAUGAGGCAAGGAGAUAUUUCCAGCAGCUCAUCAAUGCUGUAGAUUACUGUCACAGUAGAGGAGUGUCCCAUAGAGAUUUGAAGCCGGAGAACCUACUUCUUGAUUCAUAUGGAGUUCUUAAAGUUUCAGAUUUUGGAUUGAGUGCAGUCUUGUCGAAACAAGUACAGGGAGAUGGGCUGCUUCACACUGCUUGCGGAACUCCAAAUUAUGUUGCCCCGGAGGUUCUCAAAGACAAAGGUUAUGAUGGUACAGGCUCUGAUGUUUGGUCUUGUGGGGUCAUUUUGUUUGUACUUAUGGCUGGAUACUUACCUUUUGACGAGCCAAACCUUAUGGGUUUGUAUAGAAAAAUUUGCAGUGCUGAUUUUGCAUUUCCAUCGUGGUUCUCUUCUGGUGCAAGGAAACUGAUAAAGCGCAUUCUUGAUCCAAACCCUGUUACACGGAUAACCAUUCCUGAAAUAUUAGAAGACGAAUGGUUCAAGAAAGGAUACAAGCCUCCACAAUUUGGGAGGGAAGAUGAUGUAAAUCUUGAUGAUGUUGAUGCUGCUUUUAAUGACUCAAAGGAACAUCUAGUAACAGAAAGGAAAGAGAAGCCUGUGUCAAUGAAUGCUUUUGAGCUUAUUUCUAAAACCCAGGGAUUUAGCCUCGAUAAUUUGUUUGAGAAGCAGGCGGGUUUUGUGAAGCGAGAAACCCGUUUUGCUUCCCAUAGCCCUGCAAAUGAAAUUAUGUCUAAAAUUGAGGAAGCUGCAAAGCCUCUGGGCUUUAAUGUUGACAAGCGAAACUACAAGAUGAAGUUGAAAGGUGACAAAAAUGGGAGGAAGGGUCAGCUCUCAGUUGCCACUGAGGUGUUCGAGGUGGCGCCAUCAUUGCACAUGGUGGAGCUCCGGAAAGUUGGUGGUGAUACAUUGGAGUUUCACAAGUUUUAUAAGACUUUCUCGUCAGGGUUAAAAGAUAUAGUCUGGAAAUCUGAAGGAACCAUAGAAGGAUUAAAGUAACGUCUCUCUCUCCGUGCAUUUGUGGGCAGCACAUUUAAUUGAGUCAUAAUUUUCUUGUGCAGUUUAUAACAGGAGCUGCCGCAUUGUGUCCUGUGUUAAUUGAUUCAUUGUUAUUUUAGCUCCAUCGCAUGCAUGUAUGAAUCUGCAAAUUGGGCACGAUGCAUUAAAUGUUAUAUCAUUUAUGAGUGGAGUAUGAGGAAAUAGUUUGAUUUGUACUGUAGUCUAAUUAAUGGAGUGGUGAACAGAGAAUGGACUCAGCAAAUAGAGUAUGUUAGGCAGAGGUCUGGUGAUCCCGUUGAAAGAGGGAGGGACAUGACAUGCCUAAUAGUAAUAGUGUUUAGCCCUUCAUUAUGAUUUGAUUUAUGAGCUUGGUAUGCAGUUAGAGUUGCCUGAUUUUAUAACGGAUUCUAUUUGGGCUCUCCACCCAAAUUAAGUGGGCUGCCAAUUCUUUCCAGUCAACCUGUUAAUAUGAAAAUUCUGUCUUCA